AUGGCUGGGUCAAAGAAAACAAGUCCGGAAGACGGGUACUUUCUUCACUCUCUCAACAGCCCUUCAGCGACAGGCUGGACUCUCCGCUUUCUCUGCGGAAUAUUGGAAUAUUUCGGAUAUGCCCUUGGGAUCUCGUACAAGAUUGCUGGGGACAGUAACUUGUUCUUUUUGCGCAAGAAGCGCUGUUUGGAAGUGCCCACCUACUAUCCGGUGGUAGAGGACAGGACUCAAUCCCUGGCCACUGACAAAGAGACUCCCAUCGAUUUGGUUCCCGUCGCCGAGUCUGGGCUCGAACUCGGAAACCGCAUCUUUAGAUCCGUGAUGGACUUUCAUCAGGCUUACAAGUUGAAAUUAACGACACCCGUCGAGGUGGCAGAAGCUGUCGUAAAGGCCAUUGAUGCGAGCAAUACGGUACACAGUCCACCUUUGCUAGCUGUCAUCAAGCAUAAUCAGGAUGAUAUUUUGCGGCAGGCCCGAGAGUCCAAUGAACGAUAUCUUGCUGGAAAAUCUCUUUCGGUUCUUGAUGGCGUUCCUAUUGCUGUAAAGGACGAUACGGACGUUGUCGGAUAUGAAACAAACGUAGGAACCACCUGCAUUAGCAUCCAUCCAGAAAGGGACGCGACCUGCAUCGCCAACUUGCGUCGCGCCGGCGCAAUCAUCAUCGGAAAGGCAAACAUGCACGAGAUUGGGAUAGACGUUACAAAUUGCAAUCCUUGGAGUGGAACACCUCGAAACCCAUAUAACACCAAUCACUUCACGGGAGGAUCUUCCGGCGGCUCAGCUUGUGCUGUAGGCAUUGGAUUGUGUCCCAUUGCAGUAGGAGCAGAUGGCGGAGGCAGUAUUCGGAUUCCUAGUGCGUACUGUGGACUGUAUGGGCUCAAGCCAACUGCCGGGCGUAUUAGUGGGGACGGAGCAUUCCCGCUGGCACCGACGGUUGGAGUUACAGGACCCAUUGCAGCCACCGCGGGCGAUUUGGCUAUAGGGUACGCGCUUUUGGCAGGCCCUGAUGAGAAUGAUACCAAUACUCUCAAGCAGCCUCCCAUUCGACUUGAAAGUUUCAACUCGAUUUCUUCAUUGGAGGACGUUCGCAUUGGCGUAUACCGACCGUACUUUGAUAAUGCUGAUCCUCAAAUCGUCAAAGCAUGCGACGAGUUUGUAACGCGACUUGAACGCCGGGGUGCCAAAGUAGUUAAUAUCAUGCUGCACGACCUCGAAGCCAUGCGUGUUGCACAUGCUAAUACAAUUACAUCGGAAAUGGGUGCUGCAACCGCAGGAAUUCCUCGGCACAAGUUUUCGUAUUCAACCCGGAUGGCCCUGGGUGUGACUGGGAACCAUAUCACAGCUGCGGAUUAUAUCAUGGCUGCACAGAUUCGUACUAGAGGAAUGCGAAUGCUCGAAGGCGUCUUUAAGGAAGUGGAUGUAAUCGUGACCCCUACCACUGGUAUCACUGCCCCCAAGAUUCCUUCCGGUGCUUUGAAAUGGGGAUUUUCCGACUAUACAACCUCUGGAAAGGCUAUGCGAUUUAUUUUCAUGGCCAAUCUACUGGGUAUACCAGCGAUAUCAGUACCAGUCGGGUAUACGCCAGAGGGAUUACCGAUUGGCAUGCAGUUUCAGGCAAAAUGGUGGAAUGAGGAGCUUCUGCUCCGUCUGGCUCACGUCAGUGAGGAUUUAUUUGCCGCGGAACGCCGCAAGCCCGCAGUAUUCUACGAUCUAUUGGGAGCCAACGGCGUAGACUCUGAUGAGUGA